AUGCCCUCUAUUACCCAGGGACGCAACCCCUCACGACAAUCCUCUUCCUCCUCUUCCCCGUCUCAUGACUCUCACGACUCUGAGCAAACGCUCUACGACCCCCGCACCCUCGCUCACCUGCCCACCCGAUCACAAGACCCUCCAACAAGCGAGCAAGGCAGCAGGGCCAUACUCGAAUACCCCGCGCCAGCCCACUCGCCUUCCCGCCUAGCCGUUUCUACCUCCCGCACGACCACCCAUCUUCCGAGCCCCACCUCCCAACAGCCCUCUCAGCGCGGCCCUCCACCCGCGCUUGAGGAAAGGGAAGCAUGGUCCAAACCACCCGUCAUGCCCACUUUGCGAGCCCACGCAAGACUGUGCGCUGUGCUGCUCGCCUUCUUCAUCGCGUUGUCGGGGUUGAUAGUGGGCUGGACGGUGUUUAUGAUUCACCAGCUGAAGACGGGCUCUUCGAGUGAUAGCCAGGGAUCGGACGAUGAUUCUGCGAGCAACGGGCAGCAAGAGGGGAAUGAUGACGACGAUGAGGGCAAAUGGAGUGGGGGUGUGAGUCCUGUGACUAUGGUCAUUGAUGGUAUCUUUAUCAUUGCCAUCGUCCUCUUCCUCGCACUCCUCAUCCGUCAAACAUCACUCGUCCUCUCCCUCUUCCGCCCGCCCCCUCCUCCCCACGGUCCGAACCCCCUUUCCAACCCCUCUUCGCACUCCUUUCUACCCCCCUGGCUUCUGCCAAGGUUACCGUCAUACAUCGAGACCAUCGGCGGACGAGGCACCGGCACAGGCGACGUCGAAGACAGAUACAUCGUCGGCGAAAGCCUGCCCGUCUACGGCCACAACAGAGGCAGCAAGCUCCUCCUCCGCUCCGAGUCCCGCGGCGGGGCUUUGCGUCAAGGAGAAAUUACUCACUCGCCUACUGAUAGUGUGGGGAGCAAUCACUCGAGGGGGGAGCCGUUGAGUUAUGACGUUUCAGAGGCGAUGACGCCGAGGCCGGGGAUGACGGGGCUGAGCGAUCAACAGAGGAUGGAGUUGGGGAGGGAUCAGGAGAGGAGGGCUGAGGAGGAGCGGAGGGCGGGGGUGAGGGAUAUUGUCGAAAAGUCGCACUAUGUCAGAUAG